CGAGACGCGGCCCUCCGCCGUCUAGACCUGCCCGGGGGCGCGAACCGGAAGUGGACGGGGCCCGCCGGAAGUGAGCGCAGCGCUGGAGAUGAAGCCAGCUGUGGAUGAAAUGUUCCCCGAGGGAGCCGGGCCCUACGUGGACCUGGACGAGGCUGGAGGCAGUACUGGGCUCUUGAUGGACUUGGCAGCCAAUGAAAAGGCAGUUCAUGCAGACUUUUUUAAUGACUUUGAAGAUCUCUUUGAUGAUGAUGAUGUCCAGUGAGGCCAUUCGGGUGCCUGUGCCCUCCUUACGUGAUGUGUUCUGAACUGCUGAGGACAGGAUCAGAUGGUGUGGAGACCUUGUGAAGAUCACUAGUGAUUAGGACCUGGUCAGCCAAGGGAGGAGAACUGUGAACACCUGGAUGUGCUGAUCGUCUCCGAGUGUACCAGCUUUUUGUCCUUUUAAAAUUAAAAAAGCAGCACCGUCA